AUGGAGGAUCGGGAGACAGUGACCAAGGGAGGAUCAGGAGGAGCAUUACUCCUGCAGCACGAGGUGUUUCAUUUAAAACUUCACCUCUUCCUGCUUUUAAAAGAGCGCGCAGCGCAACGCGCUCUAAGGAACCUCGCCCGAAACCCGUCUUGUUUUGCAGCGCACUCGACGAACGCGCACAAAAAGACGCCGCUGAGGAACUUGUCUUCACGCUUGUCCUCUGGAUACGACAAAGGCGUGCGGCCGGUUAAAAACUGGCGACAACCUAUCAUUGUUGCGAUCGAUGUGAUGCUGUACGCGAUACUCAAUGUGGAUGAGAAAAACCAAGUGCUUACAGCGUAUAUCUGGUAUCGACAGCGGUGGACUGAUGAGUUCCUACAAUGGGACCCUGUUCAGUAUGACGGCAUUGAGCAAAUAUCAAUUCCCACGAACAACAUCUGGGUUCCUGAUAUUAUGAUAAGCGAGUUCGUGGAUGUGGGGAAGUCGCCUGAUAUCGGAUAUGUCUAUCUAAGUUAUAAUGGAACGGUAAUGAAUUACAAACCACUGCAGGUGGUGUCCGCGUGCAGCCUGGAUAUCUACAGCUUCCCUUUUGAUGUGCAGAAUUGCACUCUGACCUUUACCAGCUGGCUUCACACGUCCAAUGACAUUAACUUAACCCUGUGGAGGACCACUGAGGAAAUUAAAGAAGACAAGUCCAUCUUUUUAAACUUUGGAGAAUGGGAGUUAAUAUCUGUUCCCAAUGAGUUACUCCACCCUCUCUAUGGUGAAAACCGCUUCUCCGAGUUGAAAAUUUACGUGGUUAUACGCAGACGGCCUCUGUUUUAUGUGGUCAACCUGAUCAUGCCGAGUGCUUUCCUGAUGGUGAUGGACAUCGCUGGCUUCUACCUGCCGCCAGACAGCGGAGAGAGGGUCUCCUUUAAGAUUACACUCCUUCUGGGCUACUCAGUGUUUCUUAUCGUAGUCCAAGACACGCUGCCGGCCACUCCGAUUGGGACGCCACUCAUAGCGGUGUAUUUUGUGGUGUGCAUGGCUUUGCUUGUGAUCAGUUUGAUGGAGACCAUCUUCAUUGUGCGACUGGUCCAUAAGCAGGAUGUUCAGUCUCAUGUGCCUCCCUGGCUUAAAAAGUGGCUUCUCUCCAGAGGUUCCGUCAUUUUAUGCAGAAAGCAAAUUCCCUACCCACGCAGUGUCACCUUUCCCAACGAUGGAGCCCAGAAUGCCGCUGAUAAUGAGAACCCAAGUCCCUUUUUCCGCUGUGAGGAGAAGGUCUGCGAGCAUGGAGGAGAGGGCCAAAUGCCGACCAGCACCAUACGUCGUGUCCUCAGGGAGAUUUCGGGCCUCAGGAGGCAUCUGGAGAAGCAGGAGGAGGAGAAGCAGGUGACUGGGGAGUGGCUGCAAGUAGGGCACGUCUUGGACAGCCUCCUCUUCCGGCUCUACCUGCUUGUGAUCGUGAUGUACACCCUCACCCUCGGAAUUCUCUGGUCCAUCUGGAGUUACUCCGAAACAUUGUGAAUGGUUUGAGUGACUGAUGAUUUAAGCUACACUGUUGGUCAUGAUAUUACUUUGAAAGUCUCUUUUUCAACAGCGACAAUAGCAAACACCCAUAAGGUAACAACCAUCUCAAAACGCAGUUCUUUAGCCUUGGGGGGACCCCUGAUGGCAGCUGUCCCUGUGCAGCAGAAUGUCAACACAGCACAAGCCUGAAAGUGGGCAUGUCUGCCAGUAUGGUGUAAUGUUGGAAGCAAUUUUACAUAUACAAGAAAUCUAAUGACAUUUCUGGAAAGGAAACGAAUUUAUAUUGUGUAUUCUAUAACAUCAGUAAUAUUUCGGUAAUAUUUAAAUUUUGACUAAUUUGGACCUUGGUGCCAGCACAAAACAUCAGAGGGAUCUUCAACGUCCACCAUGAUGCAGAUGGUGGACAUUGUACAGUUUAUGCUGUCACAGGUAUUAACCUGGGGGUCCAGGUUUCUUGGACCACAUAUCUCUGCAAUAGGCGGCAAACGCGCUACCGCGCAGCCUUGUAACAAUUUACCUUCCAUUGCGAUCUAUCAGGCUAAGCACUGGGCUGGUAUGCACAGUAAUUAAACAUGAUUAGCGAUUUGUCACAGCGCCAGCUUGCAUUUAGGAGCUGCAAAGUAAGGCUCGGGGAUUCCAUCACUGCUUGUAAGAUGUGGUUGCCUGAGCUCAUUCAGCAGGCUAACUAGAUUUCAUAGAACACAAAGGUGAAGCUGUGGCACGCAUGACAGAAGAACAAAUAAACAUUAUUGAAUUACAUUGGUUGCAAAUGACCUUUGCAAUCCACAAAACACGGUUAAAAUUGGAGGCUUCUGGAGAGGAAAAACAUUUUGAAGGUCGUCUCAAGAUUGUCUUCAUCAUUAAGCAUAAACAAGUGACCGUAAUAAUAGGAAGGAAAAAAAAACCGAUCACAUCACUGCGCUGUAACGAGUAAUACUCCACAAGUAGGGUAAACAACAUGGUCGAGCAGUUGCACAGCGUUUGUCGAACUGCACUACGAUACCAAGGAUAAAUAUCAGGCCGUGACUCACAUCAGUGGCGAGCUAUAUCUGAGCUGGUCCUGGGUACCACCUUAUCGGUGCGAGAUGUUAACUAAAUCGCUUCGUAUACAGGAGGUCGUGGGUUCGAUCCCAACC